AAUCUAGUCUAUAGGAUAAGGUAAUGAAUUAAACAAGCAAGAAAAGGGACCCUCUCACACCACAUUGUCUCACUGUGCAUAGUGUGUGUGAACAAAGAUCUUCAAAAAGCUAUCAAAACCAUUCACUUCAUUUUCAAAACCAGUUUCAGAAACCCUCCUCAUGGUCCUUCUGGUUUGGUUCAACUGAAGUAAAAAAGUUAAGAGUGUGUGUGCAGUGUGGUUAAGAAAAAAUGUUUGGUGAUUGUCAAGUUAUGUCAACAAUGGGAGGAGGAAAUGUAGUAGUGAACUCAGAAUCUCUCUUUUCUUCUCCGAUCCAUAACCCUAACUUCAACUUCAUGUCUACCAUGCCUUUUCAGCCGUUUUCUUCUUCCAUGAAAGAAGAAGAUGGAAUGUUGAGAGGGAAAGAAGAGAUAAUGGAUCAAAGUGGCUCGGGGAGCGAACAAGUUGAAGAUAAGUCGGGGAAUGAACAAGAGAUUACUAAUGAACAAGAAACUACGAAGAAGAAACGUUAUCAUCGACACACUGCUCGCCAGAUCCAAGAAAUGGAAGCAUUAUUUAAGGAAUGUCCACACCCAGAUGAUAAACAAAGACUGAAACUAAGCCAUGAUUUGGGAUUAAAACCACGGCAAGUUAAAUUCUGGUUUCAGAAUCGUCGAACUCAAAUGAAGGCACAACAAGAUCGUUCGGAUAAUGUGAUACUUAGAGCAGAGAAUGAGAAUUUAAAGAAUGAGAACUAUCGACUACAAGCGGCUUUACGUAAUAUUAUGUGUCCUAAUUGUGGCGGGCCAUGUAUAAUGGGUCCUGAUUUGGGUUUGGAUGAUCAUCAAAUUCGACUUGAAAAUGCCAGGUUAAGAGAAGAGCUAGAACGUGUAUGUUGUAUCACAUCAAGAUACACCGGUCGCCAAAUUCAAACAAUGGCACCACCUCAAUCUCUUAUGCAACCAUCAUUGGACUUAGACAUGAACAUAUACCCAACAAGACACUUUUCUGAUCAAUUAAUGACACCAUGCACUGAAAUGAUUCCUGUCCCUAUGCUACCACAUGAACAUUCACAUUUUCAAGAGGGUGGUCUCUUAUUAUUGGAAGAUGAAAAAUCACUUGCAAUGGAAUUUGCAGCUUCUUCUAUGGCUGAACUUAUUAAGAUGUGUCAAAUGAAUGAACCGCUUUGGAUUCGUAACGGUGAAAAUGAAAGGGAAGUUCUUAAUUUUGAUGAGCAUGCUAGGCUUUUUUCAUGGCCUUUGAAUCUUAAGCAAAGAAGUGAGAUGAGGACUGAAGCUACACGUGAUUCUGCUGUUGUUAUUAUGAAUAGUGUUACUCUUGUUGAUGCUUUUCUUGAUGCUCAAAAAUGGAUGGAAUUGUUUCCAACAAUUGUUGCUAGAGCAAGAACUGUUCAAAUUAUAGCUUCUGGUGCUUCUGGUCAUGCAAGUGGGACUCUUCAGCUGAUGCAUGCAGAAUUCCAAGUUCUUUCUCCAUUGAUAUCAACUAGAGAGACUCAUUUUCUUCGAUAUUGUCAGCAAAAUGCAGAGGAAGGAACAUGGGCCAUUGUUGAUUUUCCUGUUGACAGCUUCCAACAAAAUUUUCACAAUUCUUAUCCCAAAUACUGCAGAAGAUCUUCUGGCUGUGUCAUUCAAGAUAUGCCAAAUGGCUAUUCAAGGGUAACAUGGGUUGAGCAUGCAAAAGUUGUUGAAAAACCUGUUCAUCAAAUAUUAAGCAACUAUGUGUAUAGUGGAAUGGCAUUUGGUGCACAACGUUGGUUAGGAGUUUUGCAAAGACAAUGUGAAAGGGUUGCUAGUCUCAUGGCUAGAAACAUAUCAGAUCUUGGAGUGAUACCUUCUCCGGAAGCGCGGAAGAACUUGAUGAAACUAGCAAACAGGAUGAUAAAAACUUUUAGUCUUAAUAUGACAACUUAUGGUGGCCAAUCAUGGACUGCUAUAUCAGAUUCACCAGAAGACACUGUUAGAAUCACUACUAGGAAAAUCACUGAGCCUGGCCAACCUAAUGGUGUGAUUCUUGCUGCGGUUUCAACCACUUGGCUUCCUUAUUCUCAUACCAAAGUCUUUGAUCUCCUCCGUGACGAACGCCACAGAUCUCAGAUGGAUGCACUUUCUAAUGGGAACUCAUUAAAUGAAGUGGCUCAUAUUGCAAAUGGUUCACAUCCAGGAAACUGCAUUUCCCUUCUUCGUAUAAAUGUUGCAAGUAACUCAUCUCAAAAUGUAGAGCUAAUGCUGCAAGAGACAUGCACAGAUCAAUCUGGAAGCCUAGUAGUCUACACGACAAUCGAUGUUGAUUCGAUCCAGCUAGCCAUGAGUGGUGAAGACCCUUCAUGCAUUUCACUUCUUCCACAAGGGUUCAUGAUAGUACCAAUGGUUUCAUCAAACACUGAGACAUCAUCUGAACAAGGUGUGACAGGAACACCAUCAUCAACUUCUAGUGCUUCUGCUGCUGCUAACUCAGGUUGUCUUCUUAUCAUGGGAAUGCAAGUUCUAGCAAGCUCAAUUCCUUCUGCAAAACUUAACCUUUCAAGCGUCACGGCAAUCAAUAACCACCUCUGCAAUACCCUGCAUCAAAUUGAAGGUGCUCUUUGUAGCACCACUAACAACAAUUGCUUUGUUGGGUCUUGCAAUGAACCAACCACUAGUGCACCUCCCAAGUAAUGUUAACACCUUGUCCAAGUUAUUAAAAUUGUUCCUUCCCACUUUUGGAUUAUGGAUUUGUAGAGAAUAUUGUACGAAAAAGUUGAAUUAGCAACGGAAAUUAUUGACGAGAAAAUAUGAAAUCUGUCUUUGUCACGUAGUCUGGUGACACGUGAAUUAGAGACUGAUUUUAUUAUUUUCGUCUCAAAUUUCCAUUGCUAAUUUAAAUUUUUUCCAAGUAUGAGAACAUGAAUUUUAGUUAAUUGAGUAGAGUAGUUAGGGAAGGAGCAAGGGCAUGAGUGUUUUUAAAUAAAGAUGGAUCUUUAGUAGGAAUUAAGUAUGGGGGGUGUAUUAGUAAAUUGAAUUUGUUUAGAACUAAUUGAUGUGUGUUUUGUAUUGGGAGUGAGAGUGUGGUAACAUUGAGAAAUAGUAUUUUGAUGUAUGUGAGGAGGGUAGAGGGACUGAGGGAGUCAAGAGCGCACCAGAUAAUACCUUUGAUUUUCUAGUAAGGCCGUCUCGUUUGAUACGAGAUGAUGGUCUUACUAGUUAGGAAGGGUGGUGUGGUUCGGGUAUUGACUCUUGUUUCUAUGUUAGCCUCUACUAUUCAUUUCAAUGUUUAUGAUCUUUGAACUUGAAUCAA